AUGCGGUCAAUGGCUGAUCUUAUAGCAGAGGAGUUUUGCGAGAGGAGGUUGAAGCUUUUUCCAAACCCGAAUGUUACGAUUCUUGUCGGCCCCAAAGAAGUUGCUUUCACUGUUUCCAAGGAUCUUCUCUGUCAAAACUCAAAGUUCUUUGAUCAUCGAGCUUUCAACGGUGAAUUCAAAGAAGCAGCCGAGCGAACUAUUCGUCUUCCGGAGGAUACUGUGAUGGCAUCUCAAAUGAUGCUGCAAUGGAUUUACACCGGUAAAAUUGUUGUUCCACAGGAGUCGGACUUCUGGGAUGCUUCGGAAAGGACCACAAUUUUCUUGAACUUCUUCAAACUUGCGGACAAGAUCGAUCUCUUGGGACCUUUUUCCUCCAUGUUUCAAAAAUUCAGAGAACACUUGGCUUACACCCCACCCUACACUACGCAAUAG